AUGAAUAUCAGAGGCCGCAAGCAGAUUCAUGUUCCCUCGCCUGCAUUUGGAACUUUCAACAUCGAGGGUUGGAGCUCAAGUGGUGACCCAAAAAUAACAAUCCAGGCAAUUCGCACAGCCAUUCAAGCCGGAUGUCGUCAUCUUGACUGUGCAUGGGAAUACAAUGUAGAUGCUGAGGUUGGGGACGCGAUUCGCCAGUCCGGCGUCCCGCGAAAAGAGAUAUUCAUCACACAUAAGCUGUGGCCGAACUUUGCAGCUCCGCAAAAUGUGGAACUUGCAUUGGACCUAGCCCUCCAGCGAAUAGGGAUUGAAUAUGUCGAUUUAUACCUGAUCCACCACCCUGUCGCAGUCAAGCCGACGGGGGACCUCCGUGAAGCGCGGAUGGGCGAAAAUACGACUCUGGGAGACCAGGGCUGUGCAGCAGAUGACAAAGGCAACUUCAUUCCAGGCCUGGAACAUUGUCCAGCAGCGGUUGCUGCGCUGAAUGGAGGUAGAGGCAGUUCUAUUCCGACAUGGAAUGCUAUGAAGGCCUUAGUUCGCUGUGGGAAGACUCGAUCGAUUGGAGUCUCGAACUUCGAUAUUGAACAUGUGCAAGAGAUCCUUAGUGCACAAAGUAACGAUGACGACGAAGUCCCACUUUCAUGCAACCAGAUCGAAUGCCAUCCCUGGUUUCCCAAUCAGCGACUGCUUGAAUUCUUACUAGAGCACAACAUCCUGGUCAUGGCGUACAGUCCAUUUGCGUCUUUCAGAUACGAGUCUGGAGUCUUUCCUUUUAAGGCGUUCGCACCUUGUGGAACGGCUCUGUUAAAAGAUAAAACAGUUGAACAAAUUGCGGCUAAGAAUGGCAUAACUGUCUGUCAGGUGCUGCUUAGCUGGGCAGUUCAACGAUCUACACUGCCGGUAUUUAGGAGCUCCUCUCCACAGCAUCAAAAAGAGAAUCUUAUGUUGAAGGAACUGCCAUGGGAGGAUGUGCAAGCAUUGGCAACUUUGGAAUUGGACGGUAAAAUUGGGAAGUCCACGACAACAAUGGUUUUUCCUGAAAUCAAGGUAUACGAUUGGUAG